AUGGAAUCGAUACUGGCAAAGGAGAUAAAAGCAUUCCGCAAAGGAUUCAAGAAGCAACAUGGAAGAGAUCCAACAAGGAAAGAUAUGGCAAAAGAAGGGGAUAUGGCGGAAAAAUACGAUGCCUGGCUUUCGCUGAAGUCUGGACAAAAGGGAGGACCUUCAACUUCUUCGCAUUCAUCACAGAAAGAGCAGGGUAGCAUCGCACCAACAAUCCAAUCACGAAAACGUAGUCUAGAAGGAGAAAAGGAUACUGACGAACAUGGAACAAUGGCGCCUCCUCCAGUCACACCCAAGAAAAAGAUACACAAAUCUGAUUUUGAUGUUGCAGGCUCCCGACUGUUCAAGACACCUACCCGAUCAGAAGCAGUUCAUGAUCAUGAGAUGAGAGAAUCGAUUGACAAUAGCGGUGGAUCUGUUCGUAGCCUGAUCGAUGUUCCUACUACGCCUUCCCGAAAAUCACCUUCGAAAAAGUCAAUGAGAGCUCCAACUACUCCUUCUUCAACGCAUUUUGACGAUGGCACAAGUCCCUCCAAGCUACGAACGCUGAUCGAUUCAUUCGCUGCAACCCGGUCUAGAGGGACAGUCACUCCUACGAAGAAGAAGAUCCAAGGCCACGACGAAGAUGAAAAAUUAGCUUCUCAUCUACAUUCAUCAUAUCAAACAAAGAAUGGGAAUACGAACAAUCAUCGACAAAAUGGUAGCAUGUUCACACCAAGAACCAAAGCAAGAAAGAGACUUCGAGGAGAAGUUGUCAUCACGCCAGGAAAAACGCCGCAAAAGUCCACAAUCGGAAAGCAACAAGUCACACCCACAAAAACAAUAAGGCCAUCAAAACGGCAGAGAGGGAUGGGCACUUUGAAAGAUUAUGGAAUCGUACCGAUUGCUGGUCCACAAGCAAAGAUGAAUGCUGCAGCAAUGAUGAAGAUGAAGGGUGCGAACCAACUUCGUUCGGAUGAAGAAGAGGACGAAGAUGAUGACCUGAUCGGACCAUCUCCCAGUAGACAAAGGAUUGUUAACGUUCAAGUUCAGUCGUCUUUUCGGCCUUUGUUUGAUAAUGCAGAACACCCCUCUGCAGAUCUUGACGAUGAGGAUGAUGCGGGAAUGGAGGAAUUGCAGUCCAGUCCGACAGGUUUGACACAAUCUACACAUGCUGCUGACACAGCAUUGACUACGCCAGCUGAAGAAGAUCCGGAAGCGGAAAUGGAUUCAGAUGAAGAAGAAAGAAUGUAUCUUCGGGAGUAUACACGAAGGUACCAUCCAUACGAUCACAACCGACAUUCAAUCACGCAAUCGGGCAAUAAGGAGAACCUAGAUGAUGUGAUUGAUGAAGAGGAGGAUGGUAUGUUGGUCGGCAUCGGUCUUCCAACGUUGAGGACCGAACAGGUCCGUGAUGAAAGCGAUGAAGAGAACUUGUUCGAAAAUCUCUCCAUCCACUCACCUCAAGGCAAAAAGGCAAGACAACAACAAAGACGUCAGAAUGCUAGAGAUUUACGCAAUCUUUUGCAAGCUGAUAAGAUCUUUGACAAAGCUGCUGCACUGGCAUCCAAGGGAGCCAAUGAUGAAAGUGAAGAUGAAGGUGAUGAGAAAGCUGAAAGUGGUGCUGCUUCAAAACAAGCAGGAGGCAAGAAUGAUCAAAAGCCUCUCUCCUCUCUCAAAACGGCAAGGAUGAUGCGUGGAAAAGUGACAAAAGCACAAAGGCGUGCACUUGCAGCUGCUGAAGCGAUGGAAGAGGUAGAAAAAGAGUUGGCCGUAAAAGGGGAUGCUGCUCCUCGUGCCCCACGAAAAAAGGGCAAAAAGUCGAUGAUCUUACGAAGAGGGCGGGACGAUGAAAGUGAAGAAGAUGACGAUGUCGAGCACAACAUCGAUGACGAUCAUCUUACUGCUUCUGCCCAUGCUCAGGAAGAUGAUGAAUGGGCAAGUGAUGUAGACAGCGCAGAGUAUGGUCUGGGAGAUGGUUACAUGGAUGAGAUGGAUGUCAUGUAG